GAUUUACAACUUUAUAAUUUAUUAGAUCUAAUGUUUUCUAAUAAUUAAAUCCGUAUAAUGAUUGAUUCAAAACUCUUGUGACAAAAUAUUAAAAAAGAAUAUAUCUGAAAUCUAUAUAUUUAAUUAUAAAGAAAUAGUUAUGUCAGAUGAUUAUAUAUAGAAUAGAUCUAUCGUACAAUGCAAUAGAUUAAAAAACUUUGUCUAUGACCUCGUUACCAUUCUCGUAUCACAUGCAACAUUACCGAUUCAGAAUGGAAUGAAACAACAGCGCUACUAGGAGGAAAAAAAUUGUAAUUAAAUAUAAAUACGAUUGUCAAUUGUGUGUCUUUGACAUAAGAAUUUUUAAUCGAUUUAAAAUUUAGAUCUAAAAUUUGUAAAACAUAAAAUAUUGUCAACUAUUUUUACGCGGGAAUCACAAGGUAUAUUUCAAACACUUGUUUUAAUAUGUCUUCGGAAACAAUCUUCAUACGACUAUGAAUAUUCCAACUUGAAUUGCGUUAAAUAUAAAAUUCAUGUUUCAUUUGUAUAUAUGUAUAUACAUAUAAAAUAUUUGGAUGAAUUAUAAAUAGGUUGAUUCUAGAAAUCCUUUGAAUGAAGAAUAAAAAUAUUUGCAUUUCAUUUUUUAAUUAUUGAUAAAAAUUCAAACACAAUAUCUCUGGUUACGAAUAAAUUCUUUUACAUAUAUAUAUAUACUUACAUAUAUUUCUAAAUUCACUGCCCUAAAUUGUAGAGGGCACAAAACUUCUGGUUUCUUGCACGAUCGGUAAUUCAGAACAUAAAACACAAAAUUCCAACUUGUUUCAGCAAUAUAUAAUUAAAAUUAAAUGAUAGAGAGAAAAAAAGAAGACAGUAAGUCUAUUCUCUGAUUAUAAUGUUAUGAUAUUAUGAUACUUUGCACGUGACGGGAAUACUUUACUUUUUUCUCUCCUUUUCUCUCUUGCAUGGCAGGGUUGAAGAAGCAAGAAAGAGGAUAAAAAACAAAAAAAGAAAAAAUUUUAUGAAAAGAAAGUAUACCAAGAAGGCCAACAAAUGUGAUAUAGAAACAAUAUAUCGAAAAACAAGACUAAAAGUACAUGCUAUUUAUAGAGGGAUGGUGAAUUGGUUAUGCCACCGAAAGGGCAAGGGAGAGGGAGAAAUUUCUAGCUUCGAGAGUGAAGAAACAGUGCUGCCUUUAAAGAUGGCCUCCGACGACAACGUGCCGUGUCGCGUCUAUGCCAAAAAAUGCUCGAAAACCCUUAUCGGACCGUGAAUAUUGGCUAAAUCGAAUUGUACAGUGAUUAUAGAGAUAUUUUAUACAAUUGUUCGGUAACGAUAGGAAAAAAUGUUUGGUGUAUCACGGUGUUUAAUUAACUGAAAAGCAAAAAGAUUGACGAGAUGAGAGAUCGGAUCAAUCUAGUGGUAGUCAUUCUACCCCGUUUCGAGUGACAGUAGCUUACGUAACAGAUUAUUCUCGCUAUGAUAACGAUACUCCAGCCACGAAUGCGAAACAAGAAACUGUUUUACCCGGUUAUUCGUGGCGCUGCGCACGAAUCUGCUAGAAAUACGCAUCGCGACUGACCUGAUUAUUCUUUGUCGUUUUGAUAUCGUGCCACGUUACUGUUCGAGUGUAUCCUUUUAGUUUCGAAUCCAGCACGCUGGAAAAUAAUAUUGAAGUUCGUUCUGAUGAAUUAUGACAGCGGCGCUCGUCAUGGAAAACAUAAAUUGGGAUCCUGCUUUGUCCAAGCUGUUAAAUUCUCUACAGGAGAACAAGAACGAAAUACCGAGCUGCACCGAAGAGGAAUUCGGAUUCUUAAGCGAGUUGCUACAAUCAAAGGAAUUGAACGCUUUGGUGAACGUGCAUAAUAAAAUUUUGAACAAUGUCAAGGAUGACAAAUUCUUUCCCGUACUCUCCAAUUCUAUGGAUAUCGACAUCGAAGUCUUGGAUCUGUUGUCCACGAAGACUCACGUCUCGAAGGAUUGCAAAGAACUUUUCCAUUUACUUCAGAAACCACACAUACAGGGCUUGUUAUGUGCCCACGACGCAGUUGCCCAAAAAGAUUAUUAUCCUCGAUUGCCGGAAAUUCCAUUGGAAGUGGACGAGGAUGAAGAAACCGUGAAGAUAGUGCAAUUGGUGAAAUCGAACGAACCCUUGUGUGGCGCCGGCGUUGAACCGAUCGUGGGGGCGACCAUUAAAACAUGCGAGGUCACCGGCAAGAUCGUGAUAGCACGAAUAAUGCAUGGCGGCGCGGCCGAUAGAUCCGGCCUCAUUCACGUUGGAGACGAAGUUUGCGAGGUGAACGGCAUCAGCGUCGAAGGAAAGACUCCGAACUGUGUUCUUAAGAUAUUGCAAAAUUCCGAGGGUACGAUUACCUUUAAAAUAGUGCCUGCCGAUAGUAAAGGAGGAAUUCGCGAGAGCAAGGUGCGAGUUAGAGCGCAUUUUUCGUACAAAGCUGCUGAAGAUCCUUACAUACCUUGCAAGGAGGCCGGACUAGAUUUUUCUAAGGGUGAUGUCCUUCACAUCGUCAGCCAGGAUGAUGCUUAUUGGUGGCAAGCUAGACGCGAAGGUGAUCGAAAUAUGAGGGCGGGUUUGAUCCCAAGUAGAGCCUUACAAGAGAGACGGAUUAUCCUCGAGAGACAGCAAAAGGAGAAAACCGACGAUGACAAUAUGAGCUUGUGUUCUGUUCCAGUGCCUUUGCCCGCAUUGUGCCCCCGUCCCACUACCUCUUUACACGCCUCGCCUACAAAGUGCAACUUGCAGGGAGUAAAAACUAAAAAAAUCAUGUAUGACGCUGCAGAGAACGACGAUUUCGACCGGGAAGAAAUACCGACCUACGAAGAGGUCGCAAAACUCUAUCCAAGACCGGGUCUCUACCGACCGGUGGUUCUGAUCGGGCCACCCGGUGUCGGAAGGAACGAGCUCAAGAGGCGGCUCAUGGCCACCGACCCCGAUAAGUACAAGACACCUGUCCCUUAUACCUCGAGACAGCCGAGAGCAGGCGAAAUCAACGGGAAGGAGUAUCACUUCGUUAGCCGUGAAAAGAUGGAGGAGGAGAUCGAGGCUGGCAAGUUCAUAGAAUACGGGGAAUAUAAAGGGAACUUGUACGGCACCAGUUCUGAAAGCGUGAGCUCGUUGAUAAACGCCGGAUACGUGUGUCUGUUGAAUCCUCAUUACCAAGCGUUGAAGAUGCUUCGAACUCCGCAGACAAAGCCGUACGUGAUAUAUAUAAAGCCGCCGAGGUUUGAGAUAUUGAAAGAAACUAGGAACGAUGCUAGAGCAAGGUCAACCUUUGACGAGAGCAACUCUCGAGGUUUCACGGACGAAGAAUUUAGUGAAAUUUUGCAUAGCGCUGCAAGGAUCGAAUUUCUGUACACUCAUCUGUUCGACGAAGUAAUCGUAAACGCCGAUCUCCCUAUUGCGUUCGAACAGCUGGUGAACGCCGUUCAUCGGGUUGAAUCGGAACCGCUCUGGGUACCUGCUUCGUGGGUUCAAUAAAUUUUGUUUCGAGCGAAAAGUUUAAGAAGAAGAAAAGAAAAUUUUUCGGAAGAUUGCAAGUUCGACGGAUGCUUUUCUCUAAAUUAUUCAACUUGUACUUUUUCAGUAAAGCGCCUGUUUUCCUCAUCUUCUAUAGCAUUUCAAAUCGAUAAGUACUCCCCAAGAAGAAUGUCGAUGCCUUUAUCCAUAUAUACAUAUAUAUAUGUAUAUAUUUACAUUUUUGACACGUCGAGAAUUACAAACUCGAUCCGAUUUAUUUUAAACUAUUUUGUUCUUUUCAACGUGAAAUGAAACUCGUUCUUCGUUAUGCAGAUACAUAGAUACAUGUGUACUGUAUUUGAAUCGAUAGUGUUUAAGAAGUUUGUAUUUUUACCAAUGAUCUCGUUUUUAAGCGUUUAAGUUAACGUUUAUCUUUGAUUUUUAAUGUAUCGUGUUGUAUUCGAUGCAUAAUAUUAGAAUUUUUACUGCCACGAAUUAAAAGCAUCUCGUGAUGGAAGAAAGGAGAAUGUAUUGUUUUCGCGUGUGAAGGAAUUUGAAAGUGUAAGCACGGGAACCGUGUAAAAAUUCUUACGUAAUUUUUGGGAUCAACGAUUAUAAAUGGUAGCUCGUUGAGACGAGUCGUAAAGUUGGUGAAUUGAAAUUUUCAAAUAUUAAAUAAUCGUUAUUAUACCACUCGUGACCUUUGAUCCCAGUUGUUGAUUGUUGCCAAAUAAGUAUCGUACGUAAAACAUAUGAGAAUCAUCUCACAAUUAUUGUAUUUUCCACCUGAUCAGCAUUGCCACGAUAUUGCUAUUUUUUUCAUAAUUAAAGGGCUGCCAGCAUGAGGAAGAUUUAUGCACGCUACACUAUUAGCGUUGCAUCAAAUAGUUCAUCCUCGAUGUAAACUCUCUAUGUUAUCGAAAUAUAGUAUUACACUUUGAA